ACACCACACUGAUUUUAAUCUUUAUACAACCGCUCACCAACAAGUCAUUUUUUAUUUUCACGGUUCUUUCACAAGAGACAAUGCUGCAUCUUUUCACGGAAAGGUUUAUUUUUCUUCCCAUUUAUGAGUUGACACUAAUGUCACAGCGUUGUAUAAAUCUUCUCAAAGCAAAAAUGUAUCCUCCAACAUGACACUAGGUUUCUAAUUUAAGCAAAUCCAAGUAAGUAGUCAAAACAUUUUCAGGCCUCCCCUGGUGGUAACUGCCUCACACUCUACCACCCAACUGGAACAGCGGUUUCAAUGCCUCAACGCAACGCCAGCGCUCAUAACCAUGGCAAACUCUGCUCUGCCAUGGCAACAGUGUUUUUUUUUCUUCACACCUGCUAGUUCAGGUGAUCACAAGACCUCCCGAACUUAGUAAACUCACUCUAGGUAGAGUCCAAGCUGUAAGACUGCACCCAGCGUCGAUCACAUCGGUCACCAUGAAAGUCGCUGCUGGUCUCAUUUUGAUGCUGCUAAAUGUGCAUUUGAGCCGGUCUUGUUCUGAAGAGGGUAACAUUUUAAUCUGCUCUGCGAUACCACCAGUUUUCCCCCCUGGUUAUUCAACUCUGGUGAUGUUUCUGAAGGAUGUUGGGGAGAUAAACUCCACUGUGUUUCGCAGUAACAACCUCGCCUCCAUAACCAGGCUCAGGAUCGACAACGCUGGUGUUACAGGAAUCGCUGAAGGGGCCUUCAGUUCUUUCCAGAACCUCAAGAGUCUCCGUUUAAACCACAACUUGCUGACAGAGAUUAACCCAAACUGGUUCGGUCGGCCUGAUAUCCUCAGCGAUCUCAGCCUAACCGAAAACCAAAUCAAAGUUCUGAAUCAGUCCAUGCUUAACGGGCUCCUUAACCUUACAAGGCUCAGUCUGAAUAAGAACAGGAUCAGAACAAUUGAUCUAAAUAGUUUUAGCUCCAACACCAUCUUGGCUGAAUUGGACUUGUCUGAGAACAGGAUGACUCGGGUCUCGCCUCAGGUCUUCAGGUCUCUCAGAUCCACCGUGAUCCGAUUGGAUGGGAACCCCUGGGACUGUUCCUGUGGAGCUGAAGACUUUGUCGACUUCCUCAAAGAUCUCCAAAACAGAUCUCUGCUAGACAGACCGAUGGCGGCGACCUGUGAGAGUCCUCCAUCUCUGAGGGGUCGACCUGUGUGGAACGUGUCGCUGUGCGUGACGUCUCCUCCACCGAGACUAUCGUCGGUUACGCAAUCUGUCCAUACCAAACCAACUGUUAUCCUCACAGCAGUCCCUGCAUUCACAUCUGCAAAAGUUGUGACAACACCUUCACCACGACCAACAUCCGAGACAAAAACCUCUGUCCAACCCAAACCCAGCGAUGCACCCAUAAUAAUGUCCUCACACACUGCAAAAGUUGUGACAACGCCUCCAUUACAACCAACAUCCGAGACAAAAACAUCUGUUCAACCCAAACCCAGUGAUCUCCUCCUAACGGUCCCUACAUCUACUUUAAAGGCUGGUACAUUCGCAACUAAUGUUUCAUCACCACCAUCAGUGACUGAGCUCUCUGUCCAUCCCAAACCUUCUGGCCUGCCCGUAACAAUAUCUGCACCCACUGGAACUUGCAAUACAUCACCACCAUCAUCUGAUACAAAUAUUGUCUGCACACUGGUUGUUGCGAUAGUGGUCCUGUUUUCGCUUCUGUUUGUGGUGUGUUUCCUGGCAUUGCUGCAUCGCAGGAAACGCAACAACAAAACUGUGAUGCCUGGCCGUCCGGAAGAAAACCGAAACGAGUUGAAAGAAGACAGCAGAUCCAGUUGUGAUCAGUCUCCAGGACCCUCUGAGAAAGGAGAAAACAACCACUGGGACUCAGAGAUGGGAUGGAGGAGAUCCUUCACUGGACUCAGAGCUAAGUCAGCUAAUGCUAUUCUCCUCAUGUCUCCUUUUUGUGCACCUGUGAAAGAUCAGUGGACUUUACAAACUGAGACCGAGACUCAGUCAAAAGACACAGCAAACCAAGAUGAAGGAAAGCAGAAGCUGGGAAAUGAAAGUGAAGUAGAUGAAGGAAUGCAGACAGAAAAUCUAACAAACUCUGAUGCGAUCAAAAAUGCUGAACAAGCCGAUGUUGGUAGAAAUCAAGAGCAAAACUCCCACCAUGUUUCUGCAAACGCUGACACCGUGCCUUAUCUCAGCAUCGGUACAAACCAGAAUAAACCCAAUCCUGAUGGUUUCAUCAACCAGUCCACUGAUGGUCCAGGUCAAAGAUCACAGAUGGGAAAAGUAAUGGGGAGGAUCGCCACCUGGCCUCCAACUGCAGUUCAGUGGCAGGCAAGAUGUAAAAUAAAGGAGGAGGAGAGGUCUGAUGUCUUCACUAUUUGGACACCAAAGUUUGGAGAUGAGGCGAAGAAAGUGUUAAAGAAGAAGGAGCGUCCCUCUGAUUCUGACCGGGACAAAAAGGAAGAUGACCUUGAGAAAAAUGAAAUGGAUGAUUUACAAACCGCUCCAAAUCAAGAACCUUUAAAAAUGACCGUAGCUCACAUGAAGUCGGGAAAGUCUCCGUCAAAACCAAGUGACAAGACCACUUCUUUGGGCAACGCUCUUUCCCACACUGACACAAGGCUAGAGGAGCAGCUAAAGAAGGAGGAGAUGAUCCAGCACCCUGCUACUGCGAGACAGACCCAACAUCUGAAUAAGGAAAAACUUGGUCCAAAUCAAAACCCGGAAUCUUCCGAAAGUCCUGCACUGAACAACCCCAAGAAGAGCAGCAACAAGGCUGAACAGGGGACGGAACCAAAGCAAGCAGUGACAAGCAGGCAGAGGGCAGAGAACAAAAGCACCGGCUCAAGGGCUCCCUCCGGUGGCGCCUCGCCAGAUGAUGAAACCCUGCUCUCUGGCAACAAGUACGCCUUCAUGGACCUGCUGCACGAAGUGGUUCAGAACAACGGUCGCAGGACCAGAGAGAGGUGGAAGCAGGUACAGAUCAACAAGCAGCGGCGUCAGGACCGUGGUACCGAAGGAGUUUAGAAAGUUAUUCACUUAAAAUAUUGUAGAUUUUUUUUAUCACUCUUUAACCCUCUGAGGUCUAAGGGCAUUUCUCUUAGUCACCUUUUUAGGGUAUUUGCAUGUAACCUGAUACCCCAUGUGUUUCAUAUCAAAAUGUUCAAAGCAAACUCAGGUAGGUUUGUGAAUAGUGAGGCCCAAAUGUGUCCUAGAGCAAUGUGUGAAGAGGUAAUAUUGGCCCUGAGGCUGAAAAGCUGAGUUGGCUUUUUGGAAUUCCUCAAAUCUCUUGUAAAAACCUGUACACCCUUACUCAUGUGUUGUGUGAUGAAUUGUUUUGUUGCUUGAAAUUAGUUUACCAAAGUCGAAGGUUCACAAAGGUCGUGUAAUAAAUGAAUAAAAUAGUAAAUAAAUGUAUAAUGAAUGUCUAAAAUGAAAUUUUGCAAUAGAGCUUUUUGAGGAGUGUUGUGUGAAACAUCAAUUGGACGUGCCAGCGUGUCCUUUGUCCUCAAAGGGUAAAGUUAAGUAAAUUAACUUAUUUUGGCCUGCUGCAGAGAAAAAUGAUCUUUGUCAACACUCAAAGAAAUAGUUUGACAUUUUGGGAAAUGCACUUCUUUUCUUUCAUGGCGAGAGUUGGAUGAGAUUUACCACUCUCACGGCUGGCCAUCAAAGGGACACUCCAGUGAUUUUGUACGCCACUACCGUUAACUUUCAGUCUCUGGUUUGUGUCAAGCUCCAAAUAUUUCCCAAAAUGUCCCAAAAUAAUGUGCUUGUGCCGGUAGGUUUGAGGACCUCUAAAUGUAUCGAGUAUUAGGUGUUGCCAGUAAAGUUAAAGGUGCUGUAGGUAGGAUUGCGAAGAUCCAGGACUUAGCCAAAAAAUGUGAACAUCAACAAC